AUGCUUGCUUAUCAACAAUCUAAUUUCAAUCCAUCUCAUCCAAACCACCAUUCGUUUGACCCGAAUAACUCAAAUGUUACUAAUAAUAUCAAUAAUAAUAACAUCAAUGCCAUUGAUUCCUCUUUUGGCAUUUAUAACAAUAUGCACCAUGGCAAUGCUAUUAAUACAAUUAAUAAUCCAAUGGGUGCGGGAUACAUGCAUUCCAAUAUGGUUCCUCCAAUUGCUAAUGCCCCAAUCCCAAUGCCUAUACAUAUUCCAAUUCCUCAACAGAUGAAUUAUAUCUCAAGUAAUUAUUACAACAUGCUCCAACCGGUCCAAAUGCAGCUUCCUGUUUCUUUACCGGUGCCUAUUCAGGCUCCUGCGGUGGCAGCGGCUCCUGCUGCUGCGGCUGUUCCGGCGCAACCUAAUGGUGGUGUUUCACUUGUCUUGGAUUACGAUUUAGAUCAAAUGGUCAAUUUCUUAUCUUGGGUCACUUUUGGUUUACUAAAGAAAAAUUCAAAUCCUUCUCUAAGUUUCAUUAAGUCUUUGAAUUCAGUUUUAUCUGCUACAAGAUUACCAAAAUCAACACUUUUAUUGUCAAUCAACUAUCUAUCAAAUAGGAUUGAUGGUGGAUUUUCAAUUAACCAUGAUAAUAGCACUAAUAAUAUCAAUAAUAAUAAUAAUGCCGAUGACGAAAUUUUCAAAAGUUUGAUCAUUUCCUUGAUUUUAGCUAAUAAAUUCAACGAUGAUAAAACUUUCAAAAACAAAUCAUGGUCAGAUGCAACUAAUUUAUCCUUAUUUGAAAUUAAUAAACUUGAAAGAGAAUGGUUGUUUGAUUUUGACUAUGAAUUAUCCAACACUGAUUCUUAUUUAAUGGUGGAAAAUUGCUGGAAUACUUGGACUUCAAAGAAUAUUCACUCUCUCGAAUCAUCUACUUCUAAUGAUAAUUUGAGUGAUUUGAAUCAUAGAUGUUCCUCGAUUCAUUCUUCUCCAAUAGUCUCCUCCAAUAGUUUCAGUACUGACGAUAAUUUCAUUCCAAAUCAAAUUUUCGAAAACCCUUUCCAAAACAAUCUCAAUCAUAAUAACUACAAUCAAUUCAACAAUGUCAUGUCUUCGCCAAUCGCAGACUCUUGCUACAUGAACGAUUACUAUGAUUCAAACACAUGUUUAAACCCAAACCCAAACAACUUACAAUACGAUCAAUAUCAGCAACAUCUGUUAUCGAAUGAUUACAACCGACCAUUCGAUAAUAACUACUACAACUACUCAGCCGAUUACAGCAAUAACCAACCCUACUAUGGCAAUUAUAGUUAUUGCACAGCAUCGGCUUGUUAA